AUGGGGCUUGCUUUGCUUGACCUCGACUUGGCACUGAUAGAGGCUUGUCCCAUAGAACCUAAGGACCCCGUGAGGGGUGACAAAGAAAGUGAAGAUGACUUCAACAAAAGGGUUCUUGACCAUGGACCAAAAAGAAUGAAGUACGAUCUUGAUCGUGCUAAGUGGGACUCGUUCAACAGAAAGUGCUUGAUGGUGAUCAAGAGAUCCAUUUUGGAGGCUAUAAGGGGAGCAAUCCCACAGUGCGACACCGCCAGUGAGUACCUGAAAAAGGUAGAGAGUCAGUUUACUGGGUCUUCCAAGGCCUAUGCUAGCACUCUCAUAAGAAAGCUUGUCACUACAAAGUACACUGGUGGUGGAGUAAGGGAUCACAUAUUGAGGAUGAGCCAUAUGUCUUCUAGGCUCAAGUCUAUGGAGAUGGAGCUUCCGGAACAGUUCAUCAUCCAUCUGAUCUUUGCCUCACUCCCAAAAGAAUUUGAGACCUUUGCUGUGAACUACAAUGCACAGCCAGAAAAGUGGGCCAUUGAGAAGAUGAUUGCCAUGUGUGUGCAAGAAGAAGAGAGGAUCAAGGGGCAAUCUGAGUUCCAAGCCACAAGGGAAACCUCAGUGGAAUCCUCCUCCUGCUAA